AUGUCAUUAGCUCCGUUACACCCAAUCAAUGAUAAACAAUUAAAUACCCGCUCCAAAGUAUUUAAUACGCCGGUAAAACAAUCAGUAACGAGACCAACUACACAAACUAAUAAUGUUGAUCAUGAUAAGGAAAAUAAUCAGCAUAAUGCCAUCCCAACUACUAAUAAGAAUAAAAGAGUAAUGACUGAACAACACGAACCAAAGAAGAAGAAGGAAAAAUUAUCAUCUCUUUGUAAGACUCCACCAUCAUUAAUUAAGACAAGAGGUAGAGAUUAUCGUAGAGGUCAUUUCCUAGGUGAAGGUGGGUUUGCACGUUGUUUCCAAAUUAAAGAUGAAUCUGGGAAGAUAUUUGCUGCCAAGACUGUGGCAAAAAUUUCCAUUAAGACUGAAAAGACAAAGAAAAAAUUACUUUCUGAAAUUCAAAUUCAUAAGAGUAUGAAACAUCCAAAUAUUGUUCAUUUUGUGGAUUGUUUUGAAGAUGAUACAAAUGUAUAUAUAUUAUUGGAAAUUUGUUCAAAUGGUUCAUUAAUGGAUCUUAUGAAGAAAAGGAAAACUUUAACAGAACCAGAAGUCAGAUUUUUCACUACUCAAAUUUGUGGUGCCGUCAAGUAUAUGCAUUCAAGAAGAGUUAUACAUAGAGAUUUGAAAUUGGGAAAUAUCUUUUUUGAUAAAGAUUACAAUUUAAAAGUGGGUGAUUUUGGAUUGGCUGCUGUAUUGGCAAAUAAUCGUGAAAGAAAAUAUACAGUAUGUGGUACUCCAAAUUAUAUUGCCCCUGAAGUAUUAAUGGGGAAACAUGCUGGUCAUUCAUUUGAAGUCGAUAUUUGGUCUAUUGGUGUUAUGAUUUAUGCCUUAUUGGUAGGGAAGCCACCAUUUCAAGCAAAAGACGUUAACGUCAUUUAUGAUAGAAUUAAGGCAUGCCAAUAUGGAUAUCCAAAGGAUAAAUAUGUCUCUUCUGAAGCUAAGACUUUAAUUGCAGAUAUACUUUGUGUGGACCCAGUGGAAAGGCCUUCUAUCCGAGAAAUUAUUGAUGAUGUUUGGUUUAGAGGCAUCUUCCCACCUAAAAUAACAGAAGAUGUAAUGGAAUUAACUCCUAAAGAUACAAAUGAAAUAACAUUAGAAGAAUCAUUUACCAAUUUCAGAACUUGUAUGACAAAUGCAGGUCUAUUAUCAUCAUCAGUACCAUCAGCGUCAUCCAAGUCGGUUCGUUACAAGGAAUCGAACGACGCUGCUAAUGAAUUGAAAGCACAAAUUAAAUCAGAUAUUAAUAAUGCUACUACGAACGGAAACAAGACGAUAUUACCUCAUGCAUUAUCCCCUGGUGGGACAAAGAAUAAAUAUAAAGAAGUCAUUGAUUUAGAAGCACAAAGAAAAUUAAAUGAUCUGGCUCGUGAGGCAAGAAUACGUAGAGCUCAACAGAAUAGUGCAAAAAAUACAUUAAUUCCAAUGCUAUCAAAUACAAUUAAAUCUGAAAUUUCGUUAAGGAUUUUAUCUAGUGAAUGUCUUCUAGCAUUAAAUGGGAUCUUAGAAGCUGAAGCUCAAAAGAGAAUGGGUGGACUACCUCAUUCAAGACUACCUGAAGCCAAGCAUCCAAUUGUUGUUACUAAAUGGGUUGAUUAUUCUAAUAAACAUGGAUUUUCAUAUCAAUUAUCUACAGAAGAUAUUGGUGUAUUAUUUAAUAGUGGUACUACUGUACUCCGAUUAGCUGAUGCUGAGGAAUUCUGGUAUAUCAGUUAUGAUUCUAAGGAAGGUUGGGUGGCAGGUCAUUAUGCAUUAGCAGAUAGUCCCAAGGAGCUCAGUAGACAUUUAGAAAUUGUGGAAUUUUUUGCCAAAUACAUGCAAGCAAACUUGAGUAGAGUCUCCACUUUUGUAAGGGAGGAAUAUCAUAAAGAUGACGUUUUCCUCAGAAGAUAUACGAGAUAUAAACAAUUUGUCAUGUUUGAAUUGAGUGACGGUACGUUCCAAUUCAAUUUCAAGGACCAUCAUAAAUUUGCCAUAUCGGAUGGUGGCAGAUUAGUAACGUAUAUUUCUCCAACACAUGAAAGUUUAACAUAUCCAUUAGUAGAAGUAUUAAAGAAUGGUGGAAUACCAGAUUAUCCUGAUAGUAAAUUCUUAGAAAAAUUAAUUCUUAUAAAGGAGGGUUUAAAACAGAAAUCUUCCAUUGUAUCACUUGGACGGACCUAA